CAAAUAAUGACAUGUUUCGUUGUUAAGCUGCUUCAACGCACCCAACUGUCCCACAGCCAAGUGGAUGUAAAGCCCUUCAUCUACGCCCGCUGCAACUGGCUGGACGACGAGGCCGAGUUCCACUUCCUGUCCACAUUCAACAACCAAAAUUAUCGGGGCAGUCUGAAAUAUACGGAAAUACGCAGUGCCGCCAAUGAUCUCGACCUGGAGUACGAGGCAUUCCUUGCCGAAUGCAAGAAAGCCCUCACCACGCACAUGGGAUUGACCGGUUUCGACUACGAGAUAUCCCAAGAGGACGAGCAGCCACAGGCCUUCAAACUGUACAAAUGCGCCGGCUACGAGACGCUAUACCUGGAUAUUCCGCUCAAGAAGGUGUCCAACUGCUAUCAGCUGCUGGAUGGAGCCAUUGAUCUGGGCCAGCAGCAGGCAACGCCGGCUCCUUCCCCAGAUAUUGAGCAGAAAACAAAGGUUAUGCUCGAAGAGUACGAGAAAUACGUGACGGCAUCCAAACAAAAAGAGACGGAAAUGCUGAAAAAGUUCAUUCUACUUAUAAAUAGCAAAAAGGCACACAUCAGAGAUCUGAAGAGGCAGCUGGAGGAGCGACCAGAAAGGCAUUCCAAGCAGAGAAAAAUCAUCUCCGACAGUGAGGACACCGACAAAGAUGAGGAGGAGUUUGGUGCGGCCACGCAAGCAAUGAAUAUCGAAAACGACUCGUAGCGUGCUCCUAUAGUACUAGCAACACCCCCCGCAACGAUACAUCUUAC